CUUAGACAGACAGCUGAAGAAGGUCCAGAACAAGGCACAAGUAUACUACUUGGUUCAAUGGGAAGGCUAUAGCAGACUAGAAGCUACAUGGGAACCAGCUGAAGACUUUAUGGCUAAGUACCCUGAUUUUCCACUCAAUGUGCAGACUUGAGGUCAAGUCUUUUGAAGAGGAGAGCAAUGAUAAGGGUUGUUAGUAGUUGUAAGUUUGUUAAUAGUGGUUACAGGGUUGUUAGAGGGUUGUUAGUUGAAAUCACUAGAUAUGAUGGUGAGUCUUUCCUCAAAGUCCGUUGGGAUUCUAAUCAUUUUGGUCAGUUUGCGUGCCUCUCAUCAAACUUCGGGAUUAAACCCUCUCGGGUUAUCAUCCCUGCCGGUAAUUCUUUAGAAGGACUCAAACUUUUCAGCAAGGGCAUCUCUGAGAUUUUAAGGUUUUUAGAUGGGAGGUGUACUGAGAAUAACAAUCUAUCUCUUCCAAAUGGUGAAGAAGUAGGUUCCAGGAAGUUUAAUGCAGAAAAUGAUGAAGGAUGGAGAUGCUACCUUAAUGUGAUGUCUUCUUGCAGGGUAGAGGAAGAGCAGAAGGGAUUUGGAACUAGGGCCUUCAUAGACUCAACAAUUGAAAAGGAGCUGGAAAGACUUCCGAGUCAUACUCAAAAUGCAGACCUUACUUUCGACCAGGACUGUAUGAAGAAAUUUGAUCAAGUCAUUAAGGACAACCUUAACCUCUUCCGGAGAUCAAUUGCAAACAAAAAGUUUUUGCAUGCUCUAAACAAGGGUCAAAUUCUCAGUUUCUCCGGGGAAGUUCUUAGGAUCACUCGAGAAGCUAUGAAGAGCUUCGAAUUCAUAGAUGCAGCAACUAUUGAAGGAGCGAAGUACCCGGUUUACCUUGCUUAUGCGAAGGAGGAUAUGAAGGCCGUUCUCACUCAUCUGUGUGGAGUACAGGAUUGAUAGGGGGAACACAAUAUGGGUAAGGGAAGCUUUUUCUGGGAUUUUCUUGGUUUCUCUUAGUUUGUUUUUGGGUAUUUGCUGGCUUUUCCAGGUCAGUAUUCAUCAUGUUAAGGCUUAGGAGCCAAUGGUAUUUAAAGUAUAGAGCUUUUGAUUUGGGCUAUGCUGCUUAUGGUGGAAUUCUAUUGGUAUUCACUUUGCUGCAAUUUUGAGCUCGUAGUGGGUAAUGCAAGGUUUUUUGGGAAUUGAUUUUACGUGAACCUCUGCAAUGAGAACCUCUCUAAUGGGUUUCGUUCUGCUAUACUUUGGGAAGGAUCACCUGUAGACUGGCCAGGCUUCUUCAUAUGGCAGGUGAAAAAAUUUUCAGGUCGAAGAGGACGAAGGCUAGUAGGAAGAUGUAUUUACUCCUAGCUGUGGAUUUC